AAGGAAGGGGCAGGAAAGUUCAAGUAAUUACACUUGGGAGCUAGGACUUUAAAUUCCCUGGCCAAAGCCCUUCUCUUUGCAUUUACCCCCCGCAUAAUUCUGCCUCACCAGCCCCCGUCUUCGCCUCCAGUUUCUUUGCUCUAUUUUAAAAACCCUUUCUCAUAUUUAGAUCGGACCAACCUUCGAGAUGGCUUUAUCGCGCCUCAACUGUUUUUCUUCCCGCUCCGCCAAUCUUCUCAAAACCCUCUCGUCUGCCAUCUCCCUCCGCCGCCCGAUCUCCACUGACACCACUCCUAUAAUUGUCGAGACCUCCGUCCCUUUCACCUCUCACCAGUGCGAAGCCCCCUCACGCUCCGUCGAGACCAAUCCCAAGGAACUCCUCACCUUCUUCCGAGACAUGGCGCUGAUGCGUCGUAUGGAGAUCGCCGCCGACUCACUCUACAAGGCCAAACUCAUCCGCGGUUUCUGCCACUUAUAUGACGGCCAAGAAGCAGUCGCUGUAGGCAUGGAAGCUGCCAUAACCAAAAAGGACUGCAUCAUAACCGCCUACCGCGACCACUGUACGUUCGUCGCUCGCGGUGGGACCCUGCUGGAAGUUUUCGCGGAGCUGAUGGGACGCCAGGCUGGAUGUUCUAGGGGCAAAGGAGGUUCGAUGCAUUUUUACAAGAAGGAUUCUAAUUUUUACGGUGGUCACGGGAUUGUUGGAGCUCAGGUUCCGUUAGGAUGUGGCUUGGCGUUUGCGCAAAAGUAUUCUAAAGACGAAAACGUGAGCUUUGCUUUGUACGGUGAUGGGGCUGCUAAUCAAGGGCAGUUGUUCGAGGCUUUGAAUAUCUCUGCGCUUUGGGAUCUGCCUGCAAUUUUGGUCUGCGAGAACAAUCACUAUGGUAUGGGGACGGCAGAGUGGAGAGCUGCCAAGAGUCCAGCAUACUACAAACGUGGGGAUUAUGUUCCUGGUUUGAAGGUGGAUGGCAUGGAUGCCCUUGCUGUGAAGCAAGCUUGCAAGUUUGCCAAAGAACACGCCUUGAAGAAUGGACCAAUUAUUCUUGAAAUGGACACUUAUAGGUAUCAUGGCCACUCAAUGUCUGAUCCUGGAAGCACCUAUCGAACACGUGAUGAGAUUAGUGGUGUUAGACAGGAGCGUGAUCCAAUUGAAAGAAUUAGGAAGCUGAUAUUGUCUCAUGACCUUGCUACUGAGAAAGACUUGAAGGACAUUGAAAAGGAAGUGAGAAAGGAGGUAGAUGAUGCAAUUGCUCAAGCUAAGGAAAGUCCAAUGCCUGAACCUUCUGAACUCUUCACAAAUGUUUACGUGAAAGGUUUGGGUGUUGAGUCAUUUGGAGCAGAUAGGAAAGAAGUAAGAGCUACACUUCCAUAAAUUGAGACUUCUUUGGACUAUUUUGACUCUUUACCCACCCAUCAAUCUUGGAAGAACGAAGAACAAUAAAGUACGCAAGGGAAGGUGGCCAGCUCUUCCCAUACACCAAUUUGAUUUUGCACUUGUAUUUGUAUAGAAUACUUGAUUUGAUUCUUCCCUAGUUUAUGGGCAAAAUUGCUACAUUUUAGCUGUGUAUUUUUGUUGAGCCCAAGUUUUACACUCCUAUGAUUGAUUAUAGGUUGCAGUUGUGCUCAGCAAUAUAUGAAUACUAUUUUCUUGAAAUGCGGCAGAGCUUCUAUGCUCACAUUGAUGGGUACAUG